AUGAUGGGGCGAUGGAAUGGAUAUGGUGUGGAGAGUGAACCACAUGGCAUGGCACAUGAUGAUGGCAGCACGCGGGAGAUCAUUCUCGCCACGGAGGGCGGGCGGCUCUACGAGGCGGCGUUCGAGGAAGCAGACAAGCGAGACCGCCCGCUGAAGCUGCUCUUCGAAUUGCCCGACGCUGAAAAGUGCCCCUUUCGGGGCAUCCAGAUGGAAGUGCUGGGAUUACACGGGGGAGGCUCAUCAGGGGGAGGUUUUUCUGCAGGGGGAGGAGGAGCCGGGGGAGGUACAACUGCGCCAGGCGCAUCAUCUCAGCGCUUCUUCGUCCUGGCCGCCACAGCCACUCGCCUCCUUGCCUUUGUCGGCUCCACGUCUCUCGAGGCCACCUUUGCACCCUUCUCAUCUCAAAUGCCCAAGUUUAUCGAGCUGCCCGCAUCAUCCCCCCUCAUACCAAGCUCGCUGCACUUCUUUGGUCGCCAGCAGCGGUACGCAGAGCGGUUUGCAUGGAUGGCGGGGCCUGGCGUGCUCUUCGGCCACCUCAACCUCAACGCCACGUCCUCCAGCGCAAGUCCCUGCUGCCCUUCGCCAAGCUGCUCCCAGCACUGUCUGUCUGUGUGUGCCCCACAGGGACACCCUCAUCUCCCUGUCUCCUGCCCUCUCCCCGCCCUCUCCCACCCUCGCCCCUUCCCCCCCCCCUCCAGCUCCUCAUCAGAGCCCCCCAUCCAGCGCAAGUCUCUGCUGCCCUUCGCCAAGCUUCUCCCAGCCGGUCCCAUUAGCAGCGCAGAUGACACUGACGACAGUGCUGGUGCUGCUGCCGGUGCGGCUGCGGUGGAGCAUCCGACGGCAAUGGCAGUGUCUGAGUUCCACCUGCUGCUGCUCUACAGCGAUCACAUCAAGGUGGCUGGGGCGGGUGUGGGGGCGGAGGAACUGGAGGGAGGGUGGGUGCGUGAGAAGGUACACCUGCCUUGCCCUCCUCCCCCUUUCCCUCAUGUUUCUGUGCUCAUGAAGAAGGGCAGCAGUAGGCAAGAUCAUGAACCUAGUGAGCGAGGCGCCUGCCUUGCCCUCCCCCUUUUGAGGCGCCUCAAAAGACACCUGCCUGCCCCUCCCCCUUUCCUCAUAUUGUUGAGUCGACUCAAAAGUCACCUCGCAUGUCUCUCCCCUCUCCCAAACAUCAUGAACCAAGCGAGCGAGGCUCUGGUGGAUCAACUCCCCUUCCACGCAAACACGCACUUUCCUCUUCCUGUGCUUCCCCCGGGCCCCCACCCACUCAUCCACCUCCCAUGCUCUACCAACCUUCUCCCUGCCUGUCAACAGAUUGUCAACCAAGUGAGCGAGGUGCUGGUGGAUCAGCUGCCCUUUCAUGCCACCGCUCUGGAGAUGGCGCCAGGUGGCAUGCUCGGAUUGGUUGCUGACGAGGUUGCCUCAGCCUACUAUGCAUUCUGCUCCAACAACAUAUACGAGAUUGCUGUGUGCGACGAGGGCAGGGCCAUGUGGCAGGUGUAUCUGGACAGGCACGACUACGCCAUGGCCCUCUCCUUCUGCCGCACACCGCUCCAACGCGACCGGGUAUAUGCAGCCCAGGCAGAGAUGAAGGUGUAUCUGGACAGGCACGACUACACCAUGGCCCUCUCCUCCUGCCGCACGCCCCUGCAGCGCGACAGGGUGUAUGCCGCCCAAGCUGAAUCCGCGUUCAAGGACGGGGACUAUGAAAGAGCCGCCACCUUCUUUGCUCGGACGGCCCACCAGGUGCCAUUUGAAGAGGUGGCGCUCAAAUUCGUGGAGGCAGGGCAGCAGGACGCCCUGAGGAGCUUCCUACUGCACAAGCUGGACCACCUACCGAAGCAGGAGCGUGCGCAGAUGACCAUGGUGGCCACGUGGGCUUCAGAACUGUACCUUGACAAGGUAACACAUCUGCCGGACACGAAGGCGUAUCUUGACAAGAUCAACCGGUUGUUGCUGCAACUGCCACCUGACUUUGAGAAGCACGAUUCGAUAGCUACCAAGUCCGAGUCCAGUUCUGCUGCUGCUGCUGCUGCUGGUGCUUCUGGUGCUGCUGGUGCUGCUGGUGCUGCUGGUGCUUCUGGUGCUGCUGGUGCUGCUGGGGAAGGAAGCAGGACAGGAGCGGAAGGAUCAAGGACGGGAGGUUCGAAGGAGGGUUCAGGAGUGGAAGGGUUGAGAGAGGAGUAUAGAAGGGUGGUGGCGGCGUUCAGAGCGUUCCUCAGUGACUGCAAGGACGUGCUGAAUGAAGCCACCACUGUAAAGCUGCUCGCCAGCUAUGGUCGGGAGGAGGAGCUGGUGUACUUUGCAGGACUGAAGCAGCGGCACGAGACAGUCAUCGAACACUUUAUUCGGGUAUCGCCCUCUGUCACAUCUGUUCUCUCUGCCAGACCUCCCCUCUUGCCCCUCGCGCAUGGGCCCACCCCCCUCCCUCCCUGCCAGUACAAGUUCUCACCAGCCCUCGUGCUACUCGCUCCCUCCAGCACUGUUGACCUCUGGAUCAUGUCUGCGUCUGCUGCUUCUCGUGUCCUUCCCCUUCUGUCCCCCCUUCCACUCCUUGCCCUUUCGUUCCCUCCCCCUCCUUCCCAGUACAAGUUCUCACCAGCACUCGUGCUCCUGGCUCCUUCCAGCACUGUUGACCUCUGGAUCAUGUCUGUCAACUUUCUUUUUCGAAUCCUUUGCCCGCCCCCCACCACCCGCACCUCUCACCUCUAA